UUCACACUUAAAGCAUUCAUGACUUUGAUAAAUUUGCACAAAGUCAACAAUAAUCUUUGCAUCGGGUACUUUCUAGUCGUGCACUCCCGUCCAUAACACUCCAACUUGAAAUCUGCUUCAGUGGCAUGCAACGGCUGACACCCUUUUGCGAGAUUUCUGGCCCAGUUGCAAGAGUUAGCUGCAGCAGUCGCUGCACACUCUUUGGACGAGCAAGAUGCAACACUUUGUGGCCAGACUUUGGCUGCUGCUAGCACUGAGCCGCUUCAGCAUUACCGAGUGGGUGGAGAUUGCACACUCGCAGUCGCAGCCGCUGGCAACUUCCAGUGGCAAGCAGCUGGCAGUUGAGCGAAAUGCCAAUGGCGAAGGCUUCACCACGCCCAGCGCUGUCUGGCUGGAGUAUCAGCGGGAACGCUUCGGCUUGAGCAACGGUCAGAGCAAUCCUUUGGUAGUUAGCGAUGUGGGCGGCCUGAAGCACAGCGAACAGAUUGUGGUGCCAAACAAUAGCCAGGUGAUUCAUGCCAGGACCAAGCUGGUGGUACACAACAGUUCCAGUAGGCCGCCAGUGGAUGUGGAUCUGGUGGUUACACCCAAAGUGGAAACCACAUCGCGUCGCCAUUCGUCGCAGGUGGAGAGUGCCGAGGAUGUUGAUGGCGUUGUGGAGACAGCCACCGAGCAGUCGGACGGCGCAGAUGAUGGGGAACUGCUUUUGCCCAGUAUGCAGGGUUUUCUAAAAUUUUUGAAAAAAAUGCAAAUCGGCUGGAUUAAGAAGUCGGCACUCAACAUAGAAAAUAAAAUUAAAUUACUGAAGCAGCUACGAGACAAUUUCAUGAAAGUUAUUGAGCAACAGUUCUCGGUGCUGUGGCAGCCAACGGAGCGGCACAGACGACGACGACGCGGCCUGUUGGAUGAAUCCAAUUUAGAAUUUCCACCGGAAGCAGCGCUAAUGAGUAUUAAUUUUUUAACAUUUGCAGUAUUUUUAAUUAAACUAGUGCUGCAAGUGGUAAAAAUAGUCAAAAGCAAACAUUACAGCUUUUCAGGCUUUAACAUUAAUGCAGAUGUUGUUCGAAGUCCAUAG